AUGUUUCGUGGACCACCGUCAACACCCGGCCGCAGCUACUACGACGACAGCCUACACGCCCCCUCGACCACACCCGCUGGCCCUCCGCCCCUAGACGAAUCGCACUAUCCCUCCUCAACACCAGCUGGCCCGCCGCCAGGCAUGAACCAAGGACUCUUCGGCAAUGCACGCCCAACCUUCAACCCAAACAGCUAUGACUACGCCAGCAACUCGCUAUUCGGUAGCUCGCCGCCCAAGGGAAGCAUGUUUGAAGGCAAUGGGCUCGGCUCAAUAGGCACUUCGACUUCCGGACGGCCCCCAACACAACGUGGACGCAUCGCAACUUCUGGCCAGUUCCAAGCGCCCACACACACCCUACACCAGGACGCGGAAGGCGAGUCGGAAGAGGAGUACACGGAUGAAGACCAGGAAGAAGAUGACGACAUGGACGAAGAUGAGGGCACCGAGGAGGACGAGCCGCUCUCACCGCAGCGCCGCAACAAAACACAGAACAGGUUCUCCCAGUCAAUUGUCUCAAGAACAAGCGCAACCGACAUGGAGCCAAGCCCAGCCUUGGUGCGGUCAGGCGCAAAACAGACGCGAUUCGAUCUCCUUGCGCUCGCUAAGGGCCUUACUUCCAACAGCGACCGACAGGCUCUGCGCGAGUCCGACCAAAUCAUAUUGGAGACGGAGCGUCUGGUCGAGAAAGUCCACGAGUCUCUUCAAUCAGACUCGCCAGACAAGCGGACUGAGGUGCUUGGCACAGUCGCUCAGGAGUUGAUCGCAACUUGGCCAGAUGCACACAGGUCGACUUCACAGGAGCUGUCGCAAGCACGCCAGCUUGCCGCUCUUCUGCUGACCCUUCACAACCCCCCACAGAUUGGCCUAAACCAGCGAGCCUCCGCCCUCUCCCUCGUCGCGCGAACCGAUUCGAAACAAUACACACCCAUCCCGCGAGUGCUGCUCGACUGGCUGAACAGCACAUUCCCUCAGGUCGAGGCCGAAGUGGUGUUGAAGGAGACCCGCGGAUAUUCAAGACAUUCCUCGUUCUGGGAAGCUGUCCAUGUAUCUACUGUCCGGGGCAACUUCUCGCAGACUAUGAGACUACUUCAGGGCGCUCAGCUUGAGCACGCCGAGACAGCUCAACACGACGGAUUGGGCACUUCAGGAUACGUCGGGUCACACCUCUCAUACGCAAACCACGCGCUUCGUCAAGCAAUCGAUCUCCUCCGGGAAUGUCCAGCCAUCGCAUCGGAAGAUUGGGACAUCAAGGGUCACGAUUGGAGCAUCUUCAGGCAGCGCGUUCACCAGGCGAGUGCUAGCUUGGAGGAGUUUGCAGAGGGCGAAAGUGUGAGCCGACACUCUAUCUCUCAGCCUUUCAAGGCGGCACAUUUUGGCAUAUCGCAAACUCAGGCAAGCUUCCAGCUUAGUGUGGCCAGUCGCAAAGCUGAGAGCAAAGUGCCCUGGUCUGUGUAUGAGGCCCUCAGCACGGUUUACAAGCUCUUGCUGGGCGAUGAAGAAGCAAUCCUCGAAUUGUCAGCCGACUGGAUCGAAGCAGUAGUGGGUCUGGGCGUCUGGUGGAAUGGCGAAGAGGAAGAUUCGGCACAGGGUAGUCUAGCGGCAAGCCGUCGCUCCAUCAUGCGGUCUCAACGAGUUCGCCCUGUCGACGUGACUCCGGUCAAAGCGUACUGCCAACGGCUAUCUUCCGCGCUGGCGGCUGUCAUCCAGAACAGCGACGAAGACUUCAGUGUCAAUGCUGUCGACCCUUUCGAGGUGGGGAUAGCAUGUAUACUUGAUGACAACAUCGAGGGCGAUCUCCAAAUCCUGCAGAGUUGGUCCCUCACCAUGGCUUCUGCAGUCGCGGAGCUUGCCAGUGCAGGAGAGUGGUUCACAAGCGCAAAGGGCCUGAUGGAUCAGUUCGACCAGAGUGAUCUGAUGGUCCUGAGUUACACUGAACAGCAACAGCCGAAGGGUGUGAGAAAAGACGACAUACUUAUUGCCUACGCCAAUUUGCUGCCAGCCAGGGGCGAACUCGAGGCUAGAGACGGUCAAACAUCCAAAGAAGGAUGGGAGAUCGCGGUGCAGAUUCUCGGUAGACUGGACGACGGCAUCACAGCAAACGAGCGUAUUGAGCGGAUACUAAAUGACUUGCAACUUGAGUCCUCAGCUCGUGUCGACAAGAUCACCCAGCUUUGCCAUAACUUGGGCCUCUCACAGCAUGCCGUCAUCAUCGCUCAGAAAUACGCCGACCAUCUCCGCACCAACACCGAGAGCUAUGGCGAUACACUGCUCUACUACGCCCGUGCCCACGACGCACAAAAGAUUCAAGAGGUGCUACGAGUCUUGGUCGCCCACUGCCUUAUCAAGUCGACCGCCUAUCCGCCUCUAGAUGAACUGGACGAAUCACUCAACUCGCUCAUUACUUCACCAAAGCAGACCCUGACAAAACUCGCAAGCCUAGACUCUGAGGCAGCUUCUCUACUUUCAAACCAUCUGAGCGGUUACGCAACAAUACGCAAAUACUACGACCUACGAGAUGAAGAGGUGUUGUUGAAGCCCGGAGAGAAGCCAGCACAUCGACCCAUGGCACGGAAACGAGCUGCAGCGAACGCGCUCAUGGUUAUCAUCGCCAGCGCGGCAUCCAGCAUUCGUGGAGGACUGUACGAUCCAGAGAUAGAAACUGUGGUUCAAGUCGACGUUCUCCUACCGUUGCUAGGCGAGGCACUCAUCUUUGUCAACCAGCCCAAGCGCACAUUGACGCUCCGCCACUUGUACGAUCUCCUCGCAGCCAUCGAGGACCUUGAUACCGCACCUAGCAUGAUCCGAACGCAAUGUGAGGAGGUACUUGCGACUACCCUCCUCUCCGCACACGACCCCAACGCCUCUCAACAAUUAUCGAAAUCGACAUCGAAUUUGACGACAGCGUCAAGCCAAUAUUCGCUUAUAGGCUCGAUUGAUUUCGGCUCCGCAGAUGGUCAGAGUGCAGAGGGCUCGACGGUCUUUGUCAAGGGUGGACACGUAGACGAUAGUAAGCGCGGGUGGGAUUGGCGGAAAGGCUUCCCGAAGGGUGCAAAGAGUGAGGAUAUUAUUGCGGUGCUAAGAUUGGGAGUUGCGAGGGAAAUCGGCAGAGCUUUUGCUGAGGGUGAGGUCACCGCUUAG